UUUUUUAAGAAAGACUUUUUUUCCAUCCAAAAAAGUAAAACAAAAACAACAUAGUUUCAGACAGUUUACAUUUUCUUAACUUCAUUUCUUCUUGUUGUUAUUUCUUCUUCUUGUUGUUUGUUGUCGUCGUUGUUGUUGUGUUUCAUUUCUACUAAUUUUACCUCUCUUUCUCUCCUUUUGCCGGCGGAAUCGCCGUUUCAGCGUCAUCAAGGUCUCUGAAAUUCUUGAUAUAAUCCCUAAAAUUACCAUACUUUUCAAAUGGGUUCUUUGAUUGACCUAAAUCUUUAUCCCGAUUCUCCUGUCAGAGACACACCCGACGUCACCGCCGGUAACCUCCGGGAAGCCACCACUUUCUUAACCCUAAACAUCCCUAAACUCGAACCUAAAGAAGAACCUCUCGACGAACCACCCCAGCCCCACCACCAUUCUCAUAUUAAUUAUGCAAACCCUAACAUUAAUUUCACACAUCUCGAUACAUCACAACCUGUCGAGCAACCCGCCGGUGUUGAAAACGAUGUUUAUUCCGAAUUCAGCAGGAUUCAGGAGAUGUUCCGGACUGCCUUUUCUAAUAACACGGAGAAACACGAUGCAGCUGGGUUCAUCGAUCCAGACGCACAAGCAAUUGUCCCGGUUCCCGAAGAGAACCAGCAUUCCGCCGUCGGAGAUUCAUCUCGUCGGAAGUAUCAGCAGCGGUCAGGUGAAUUAGUCAGGGUUACAAACCUGGGAGUCGAAGACGAAAGGUAUUUUCGAGACGUGGUGAGAAAAACAAGGAUGCUUUACGACUCUCUUAGGGUUUUCGUUACGAUGGAGGACGAAAAGCGUCGGAGUCAUCAAGUAUUCGGUCGUAUUCCCCGUGCAAGAGGCGAUUUGAAAGCUUCCUCGGUGAUGAAAGACCGUGGCCUAUGGUUGAAUCGUGAUAAAAGGAUCGUCGGAGCAAUUCCAGGUGUUUACAUCGGUGAUAUCUUCUUCUUCCGAAUGGAGCUCUGUGUUGUCGGAAUGCAUGGUCUACCUCAAGCAGGGAUUGAUUACCUGACCUCGAGUCAAAGCUCUAAUGGAGAUCCAAUCGCCACCAGUAUAAUCGUUUCAGGUGGGUAUGAAGACGACCAAGAUGCCGGCGAUGUUAUCAUCUACACAGGACACGGUGGGCAAGAUAAAUACUCCAGACAAGCCGAUCAUCAGAGGUUAGAAGGUGGAAAUCUCGCCAUGGAAAGAAGUAUGCAUUAUGGUAUCGAGGUACGCGUUGUUCGUGGGUUUCGAUACGAAGGAAGCCCAAGUGGGAAAGUGUAUGUCUAUGAUGGGUUAUACAAAGUCAUCGAUUCAUGGCUCGAAAUUGGAAAAUCCGGUUUUGGUGUUAUCAAAUUCAAGCUUAUAAGAAUGGAAAAUCAACCCGAAAUGGGGAGUGCGAUUCUUAAAUACGCCCAAGAUCUUAGAAACGGACAGAUUAAGCCUGUGGGAUAUGUCCACACAGACAUGUCAAUGAAGAAAGAGAAACUCCCAGUGUUACUCUUCAACGACAUUGACAACAACCACGACCCAAUGUUCUAUGAGUAUCUAUCCACAUCUGUUUUCCCUCCUUUUGUUUAUCAUCUUGGAGGGAAAGGGCACGGGUGUAACUGUGUUUCUGGAUGCUUGGAUGAUUGUGUUUGUGCUGCGAAAAACGGUGGCGAGUUUGCUUACGAUCAGAACGGUUUACUCGUUAGAGGAAAACCGUUGAUUUUCGAAUGUGGGCCCCACUGUGGUUGUAGUGCCACGUGUCGGAAUCGCGUAAGCCAGAAUGGAAUUAAAAACAGGUUUGAAGUGUUUAGGUCAAGGGAAACAGGGUGGGGAGUUAGAUCAUUGGAUUUGAUACAAGCUGGAUCUUUUAUCUGUGAAUACACGGGUGUAAUUCUCACAAGAGAACAAGCACAACUUUUUACAAUGAAUGGUGACAAUUUAGUUUAUCCGAAUCGAUUUGGUGAGAGAUGGGCAGAAUGGGGAGAUUUGGGACAAAUAUUUUCUGAUUAUACACGUCCAUCUUAUCCAUCUGUGCCUCCACUUGAUUUUGCUAUGGAUGUUUCUAGAAUGAGGAAUGUUGCGUGUUACAUGAGCCAUAGUUCGUGUCCAAAUGUGUUGGUUCAAUUGGUGUUGUAUGAUCAUUCGAAUUUUGCUUUCCCUCAUCUUAUGUUGUUUGCUAUGGAGAAUAUUCCUCCUAUGAGGGAGCUUAGUCUUGAUUAUGGAGAAGCUGAUGAAUGGACUGGGAAACUGGCCAUUUGUAACUAAAUCAACUUGGAGUAGCUUUUGUGUAACCUGAAUGUAAAUUCAGGGAUGCAUUAUGCAUCGAGGUAGGCAUAAUGAUAAGAUCUCCUGGAAACUAUGCAGCUCAGUCUCAUAAAAAAUCACAUCUUAUUUAUCUCCCGAGAAAGUAAAAGUUUUGUUAAAAAUUUCACAAGCUCUUACAACCAGUCCACGUAAUAUGCUGAUGUGGAAUUAUAAUUAUAAUUACAUAUAAGGGAGUGAAAGUGAAAGAUGGUUGCUAUGAUUGAGCUAUAUACAGCAGGUGAUGAUAUAUAUUAUCUAUAUAUGACCACAUGACAUGGCCACAUCCAUGAUGAGAGUGGUCUUGGAUAAAUGUGAUUGUUUUGUUGUAGACUUGUUGUGUGACUCACUGCUAACCUUACUUUUAAAUGUUAUAGUUGUUUGUACAUAUUAAGUUCAAAUUUUAUAGAUGCUCUCCUUGUAUAGUGCUUGUCUUGGAUUUUUUUUAAUUGAUUUAUUUAAAUUGUCUUCAUUAUUUUCAA